AUGAGCAUUAGUGAAGACGAUGUGGAAAAGUUUCUUGAUGGCAACCCUGCUUUUGCCAAGCAGUACUUUGAGAAGAAACUAAAGACAGAGUCCUGGGAUAGCAAUGAGAGUGAAAUACUUUUUGAGUUGAUCCAGGACAUGCAAGAAAGCAUCAACAUGGAAAAAGUUGUUUUCAAGACCUUGAGAAGAAUUAGGUCCCUUAUUCACGCUGACCGCUGUAGUCUGUUCAUGUACAGGCAGAGAAAUGGCACACCUGAACUGGCAACAAGGCUUUUCAACAUCCAAGAGGGAAGCACUCUGGAGGAAUGCCUGGUGUCCCCAGACUGUGAGAUUGUCUAUCCUUUAGACAUAGGCAUUGUGGGCUACGUUGCGCAAACCAAGAAAACCAUGAACAUCAAGGAUGUCAGUGAGUGUGCCCAGUUCAGUCCAUUUGUUGAUGAGCUCACUGACUACACUACGAGAAGCAUCCUUGCAACACCCAUCUUGAAUGGCAAAGAUUUAGUUGCUGUCAUUGUGGCUAUUAAUAAGCUGAAUGGCCCAUACUUCACCAACUCCGAUGAAACACUUUUCCUGAAGUACCUGAAUUUUGCCUCCCUGAACUUGAAAAUUUAUCACUUGAGUUAUCUUCACAAUUGUGAGACUCGAAGAGGCCAGGUAUUGUUAUGGUCAGCUAAUAAGGUUUUUGAGGAACUGACAGACAUUGAGAGGCAGUUCCACAAGGCUUUUUACACAGUGAGAGCAUACUUGAACUGUGACCGGUACUCAGUAGGUCUCCUGGACAUGACGAAGCAGAAGGAAUUUUUUGACCUGUGGCCGGUCCUACUGGGAGAUGUUCCCCCCUACUCCGGACCUCGCACCCCAGAUGGCAGGGAAAUAGUCUUUUACAAGGUCAUUGAUUACAUAUUACAUGGAAAAGAAGACAUUAAAGUCAUCCCAAACCCUACCCCAGAUCACUGGGCCCUAGUUACUGGAUUGCCGACCUAUGUGGCUGAAAGUGGAUUUAUUUGCAACAUUAUGAACGCUGCUGCAGAUGAGAUGUUUAACUUUCAGGAAGGUCCUCUAGAUGAAUCAGGAUGGACUGUCAAAAAUGUUCUCUCCAUGCCAAUAGUCAACAAAAAGGAGGAAAUUGUUGGUGUUGUUACUUUUUAUAACAGAAAAGAUGGGAAACCAUUUGAUGAACAGGACGAGACCCUCAUGGAGUCCUUGACACAGUUCCUGGGUUGGUCGGUACUUAACACAGACACAUAUGAUAAGAUGAACAAGCUGGAGAACCGGAAGGACAUUGCUCAGGAUAUGGUGCUCUACCAUGUGAAAUGUGACAAGGAUGAAAUCCAGGAAAUUCUGCCAACACGAGAAAAGCUGGGGAAGGAGCCAAGUGAGUGUGAAGAAGAGGAGCUGGCAAGCAUCCUGAAAGAAGAACUCCCAGGGCCCACUAAAUUUGAAAUCUAUGAGUUCAGAUUCUCUGAUUUUGACUGCACAGAGCUGGAGUUGGUGAAGUGUGGCAUCCAGAUGUACUAUGAGCUUGGUGUGGUGAAAAAGUUCCAGAUCCCACAGGAGGUUCUGGUAAGGUUUGUGUACUCAGUCAGUAAAGGCUACCGAAAGAUAACUUACCACAACUGGCGCCAUGGCUUCAAUGUUGCGCAGACCAUGUUCACACUCCUCAUGACUGGCAAACUGAAGCGUUACUACACAGACCUCGAAGCCCUUGCAAUGGUAACUGCCGCUCUGUGUCAUGAUAUUGACCACAGGGGAACCAACAACCUUUACCAAAUGAAAUCUCAAAAUCCUUUAGCUAAGCUUCAUGGAUCCUCAAUUUUAGAGAGACAUCACUUGGAAUUUGGAAAAUUCUUGCUCUCUGAAGAGUCACUGAAUAUAUGUCAGAACCUCAACCGCAGACAGCACGAACACAUGAUUCACCUGAUGGAAAUUGCCAUUAUAGCAACAGACCUGGCACUCUACUUCAAAAAGAGAACAAUGUUUCAAAAGAUCGUUGAUGAGUCCAAGACAUAUGACAGUGUGACUGCCUGGACUGAAUACCUGUCUCUGGAGACAACAAAGAAAGAAGUUGUCAUGGCCAUGAUGAUGACUGCCUGUGACUUGUCAGCAAUCACAAAGCCUUGGGAAGUCCAGAGUAAGGUAGCUCUCCUGGUAGCAGCUGAGUUUUGGGAGCAAGGAGACUUAGAAAUAAGUGUCCUUCAGCAACAACCUAUUCCCAUGAUGGACCGGAGAAAAGCUGCUGAGCUUCCAAAGCUUCAAGUGGGUUUCAUCGACUUUGUAUGCACAUUUGUCUACAAGGAAUUUUCUCGUUUCCAUGAGGAAAUUCAGCCUAUGCUUGAUGGGCUGCUGAACAACAGAAAUGAGUGGAAGACCCGUGCUGAUGAGUAUGACGCAAAAAUGAAAGCUCUGGAGGAAGAGAAGAAAAAAGAGGAAGAAAAGAUGGAUACAAAGAGAGAUGGAAUCACUUGUAAUGGAGGAACAGCUCCAGCUUCCAAAACCUGCAGCAUACUUUAA